AAUGAUCAGUCAAUGCAAGAUAUGCAGAUAAUGGGAGGAGAUGAUCUUUCAAAGCUGACUGGGAAGAAUGUUCUAAUUGUGGAGGAUAUUGUUGGAACUGGAAGGACUAUGAACGUUCUGCUUAAUAAUAUAGAAAAAUACAAGCCAAAAAUGAUUAAAGUGGCAAGUUUGUUGGUGAAAAGAACAUCUCGGCCUGAUGGGUACAGACCAGAUUAUUAUGGAUUUGAAAUUCCAGAUUUAUUUGUGGUAGGUUAUGCCUUAGACUACAACGAGCACUUCAGAGAUCUAAACCACAUAUGUGUUAUCAAUGAUCAUGGCAAAGCAAAAUACAGAGUCUGA